UGACGUUGGCUGGCUGCAGCCACUCACAUGUAAAAGCAAGCAGCCGCAGUCAAAUAACAGAGGGCAUGCUUGUGCAAUGUCACUGCGAGGCUGCUUGCUCCAACAGGAAUCACCGAGGAACCACACAGUCAGGAAUUACCAAAGAAGUCAUUUGGAAGGAUCUGAAAGCUGGAUCGUCACAUUGAGCAUAACAACACGGAUGACUGGCUGUCAAUACAAGCUUGGAAUGCAUGGAUUUCCUCACUCAGAGGACCCUCUCAGCCAAGAGGACCAUAUCAACCCUGAAGUUGAGCAGUGAUGUUGGCAAUGCAGCAUAACAACACCUCCGGCUUUUUUGCCUCCUCGCCCCCAUCGAACCAUAACGUCAUGGUAAAGGAGCCAGCAGUGGGAUCCGUGUUCGAUAACGCCACCGUAUCGACAAACAGUCCCACAGUACCUGGCAUCACGAUGACUCUUGGAAUCAUCUUCAAUGUGGUGGCGCUCCUCAUUCUCGCCAAUGCCUACAAACGAUUCCGCCGCAGGUCAAAGGCUACGUUUCUGUUCUUAGCCAGUUGUCUGGUUUCGACUGAUCUAGCAGGACAUGUGAUCCCUGGAGCCCUGGUGCUCAGAAGAUACUCAGCGGGGGCUGUGACCUUGAAUGGCCCUCCUUCCAUCUCAGGAGGCGAACUCAAAAGUGAUCCAGAUGGCUCCUGUUUGUUUUUGGGGGGUUGCAUGGUGUUUUUUGGCUUGUGUCCCCUUUUUUUGGGCUGUGCCAUGGCGGCAGAGCGCUGCCUGGGCGUCUCCAGACCGUUGCUACACGCUCGUCUGGUCACCACGGCAAGGACAAAGAUGGCACUAGCUCUCAUCUGGCUGCUGGCAUUGGGCGUGGCUUUGCUGCCGUUUUUUGGAUUAGGAGCGUACACUUACCAGUACCCGGGCACAUGGUGUUUUAUCAGGGUAAUGGAAGGCACCAGAGCCACAGACCUGGUCUUUGUGGCACUCUUCUCCGGACUGGCAUUGAGCUCACUGGCCUUUGCCUUUGUGUGUAACACCAUCAGUGGGAUCACGCUGGUCAGAGCACGACUAAAGAAGAAGUCUUGCUCCCAACGCGGCUCGGCGAGGUCUCACGACACUGAGAUGGUGGUCCAGCUGGUUGGCAUCAUGGUCGCCUCGUGGAUCUGCUGGAGUCCUCUGCUGGUCUUUGGACUGAUUUCAGCCACCCGGUCCUACAGGGGCUCCCUACACCCUAACAUAGACACCUACAGAGCGUUAAUGGUGACCGGUGUCAGGAUGGCGACCUGCAACCAGAUCCUGGACCCAUGGGUCUACAUCCUGCUGCGGCGCGCCAUUCUACGUAAAAUUUACAGCAUCACUAAAAGGCAGGCCAGUUUGAGGGGGAGUAUGAUUCGCUCUUUCCGCUGGGAAGUCAGCUCCCUUCAGACCUCGGAGAAACAUAAUGUUAAGAUUUAAGGGGACGGCGCACGCCAUCUGUCAUUCAGCAGGUCAGAACUCUGUGUGUCAUUCAGCAGGUCAGAACUCUGUGUUCCAAAUGAUUUGAUGGGAUUCUGAAUGAUAAUGAUUGUGAACUGAUUGUAGUUUAUAGUCCAAAUGCAAAUUGUACACCACGUUUGCAUGAAAGCAUGUCCUCUAUGAGAACAAAAGCAAAUUCAAAAGAUUCUUUGUUGAAGGAGAUGUACAGUAUAAUGUGUCCAAUAUGUCACCACAUAGUAUAUGUGAAGUUAUAUGUGUUUUGCCGUGUGACGGAGUACAAAAAUAGAAAAGUCAAUGACUUGUGUAUAUGCUCGCAUGGAGAGCAAACCACCUCUUAUUUAAGCUCAUCUUGAUGAUGUGAAAAACCGCCCCAGGGCCUGUUGUACUACGGUGGCAUGAAUGUGAUUGUGCUUCUAUUGUGGAAAUCUGAAAAUAAAGAGU